AUGGACGACACUGAGCGACGUGCAGUCAAGCGCUCCCGCUUCGAUCAGAAAGAGCCUGAGCCAAAGCGCACAUCUAGAUUCGAUCGACGCUCUCGAUCUCCCCCGGCAGUCAAGGAACCACGACGAAGCAGGAGCCCUCUUGGACGAACUUCCAGCAGCCCAGGCCCAGGUUCUGCGAAUCCAAAUUCUGCCGAUCCCGCUGCUGCUGCAGCUGCUGCGGCUGCCCGGAUCAAUGCCCAAAUUCAAGCAAAGAAGGGUAUUCAACAUGUUGACGUCCCUCCUAUCCGAUCUACAUUGAGCCCACCCGCCGGACAGUCGGCAUCCCCAGCUAGUUCAGGAGCAGGCAAUAGCGCCAGCUUGGUCAAUGGUGAGAUGUACAUUGCAGACGGAGACUAUAUUCGAGAUAUCGAAGUCAACGACCUGCGCAAUCGCUACACACUGACCAAAGGUUCUACACAAAAGAUGAUUAAAGAAGAAACCGGAGCUGAUGUCACUACGCGUGGAAACUACUACCCGGAUAAGAGCAUGGCUACGGCUGCUAAUCCUCCACUUUACCUCCACGUCACGAGCACAACCAAGAGAGGCCUCGAGCAGGCAGUCCAGAAGAUUGAAGAACUAAUGAAACAGGAGCUUCCGAACUUGGUUGAUGAGAGACGCUUCCGUCGACGAGAGCCUGAAGCAGUCGAGAGGGAUGAGUUUGGCAGACGUAAAUGGCCGGAAGAAAAGAUCCCAAUCGAUUUUGAACCACUUCCAGGCUUCAAUCUUCGUGCUCAAGUUGUUGGCCAUGGUGGCGCUUAUGUUAAGCACAUCCAACAAGAGACCAGAUGCCGUGUCCAGAUCAAGGGCCGUGGUUCCGGAUUCAUGGAACAUGGCUCUGGUCGUGAGAGCGACGAGGAUAUGUAUCUCCACGUUGCAGGCCCAGAUCCAGCUGAGGUUCAAAAGGCAAAGGAGCUCUGCGAGGACUUGCUGAAGAAUGUUAGAGAUCAGUAUGAGGAGUUCAAGAACCGACCACCUCCACAGCGAGGUUAUGGAGCCCAAAGCACUGGCUAUGGUGGCGAACGUGGAUAUGGUGAUCGUGAUAUGGCGGUUCGGUCAAACUCUUAUGGAUCUGGCGGUUAUGGUGGUUACAGCAACUCUCCUGCGCCUGCAACUCCAGGCGGAAUCAUGAGCCCAACUACCUCAUCAGCACCCGGAGCAGGCAGCCCAACAGCUGGAGCCGACUAUGCUGCUCAAUAUGCUCAAUAUUAUGGUGCAGGCCAAGACCCGUAUGCAGCUUACGGUGGCUAUACAGCAUACGUCCAAUAUUACCAACAGUACAUGGCCGCAGCCGCAGCAGCGGCUCAACCACCUCCUCCAGGCAGCUCUGCUCCAGGGUCUGCUCCCCCUCCCCCUCCCAGCGAAGCGCCUCCUCCACCACCACCGUCAGGUUCAGCUCCGGGGACUGGUUACAAUGCUGCGUAUAGCAUCAUAUGGUUUGAGAAACACACUUCAAUGGCGCAUCAGCGCACCUCGUCCACUGUUGAUUCUGUCAAGGAGCCACACUCAGUCUCCCUCAAAGUGCUGAGACUCUCCCGCCCCAGUCUCUCAGUCCAGCACCCCAUACCUCUCCCUACACCAUCUCCCUCUUCCACAAACUCACCAUCCAGCUUCCCCGCACCCGCGGCCUCUCUAGCCUACCCCUCCACGAAAAACGAUACCUUCAUCCUCUCCCCGCUGCUUACCCUCCCACCCGCCUUCGGCUCAGCAUAUGUGGGUGAGACAUUCUCCUGCACACUAUGCGCAAACAAUGAAGUUAUGCCUGGCUCAAGUCCAUCCAAGGUAAUAAGUAAUGUGCGGAUCGAGGCCGAGAUGAAGAUCCCGAGCUCGGGGAUACCUCUUCCUUUACGGCUUGGACCGGAAACCGCUUCCGAGGAAGAUGAAGAGGGACCCAAGGCUCGGGAGAAAGAAGGAGUGGAUCUUGAGCCUGGAAAGAGUCUACAGAAAGUGGUUAAUUUUGAUUUGAAGGAAGAAGGGAGCCAUGUUCUUGCUGUGACGGUGACUUACUCCGAGACGACGCCUACGAGUGGACGGAUACGGACGUUCAGGAAGCUGUAUCAGUUUGUUUGUAAAGGGUGUAUGGUUGUGCGGACCAAGACUGGGCAACUGCCCUCAUCUGGGGAGAAAGGGAGGACAUGGGCAUUGGAAGCUCAACUAGAGAAUUGCGGAGAGGAAACCAUUACACUUGAUAUGGUAAUUCUGGAGACAAAAGAAGGAUUCCGAAGUCAAGGGAUCAAUUGGGAGAUUCUCAGCGAGGGAGAGAGCAUGGAGAAGCCGGUAUUGAUGCCGGGGGAUGUACAACAGGUUUGCUUCCUUGUUGAGGAAACGAUUGAUGGGGAUGGCAAUAGACCAGAACCAACCGCGGAGGGAAAGCUGAUAUUUGGGAUCUUGAGUCUCUCAUGGAGAGGAACAAUGGGAAAUAGGGGUUUCUUGAGCACUGGGGCGCUAGGGGCGAGGUUGAAGUGA